AUGGGGAAUUGCUCUGUCAAAGGGGUCACAAGAGAUUGUUACAACUCUAUAAGGGUUCUGAGUGAUUCUGGAGCUGUAUUACAAUUCAGAGGCCCUAUUACAGCUCGAGAAAUCCUUAACGAUCACCCGGGAUAUGGCAUUUUCCGGCAGGGUCAUGCGUCAUCACCCGUGCAGGACCUCGAUUGCCUAAUCGGUGGUCAAUUAUACUAUCUACUUCCACUUGUUAAGGAGUGUGCUCUUUGCAACAGAGAAGUCAAAGAACCAGUGCAGAACAAAAUGACGAUCGAGCAAUUAGAGGCCGAGUGGAUGCAAGCCAAGAGGUCGAUGAGUGCAGCAACGGAUGUUGCUGAGAAUUUGGCAGAUGGAUCGGCUCUUGAGGUGCUGCCAUCGGUUGAAGUUGGAGUUUGGAGAGUGAAGUUGGUGAUUGACACAAAACAGUUAGAGGAAAUACUGUCGGAGCAAGUGAACACUGAGGCUUUGAUCGAGAGAAUGAGGAUGGCUGCAAGCUCUGCUAGCCCAACACCAAAGCAGACGAAGGGUGCUUGGGCUUGGGGAAUGGGUUGGAGGCCGACCUUGCCUAACCUUUUCAAGGGCCUUGACCAUGGAAAAUAA